GACGUCACACUGGUGACGAGUGACUCGUGAAGCGUCAUCGGGACUCGGCUUCACGACGACGCGACACGGUUAGCUCCGGAUUGCGCCGCGCCGUUGAGGUGUUAUCGCGACGAGUCAAGAAAGAGGGGGAGGAUAGAGAAAGAGAGGGAGAGAGAGAGGGAGAGAGAGAGGUCUGACACAAUCCUCCCCUACGUGCUUUAGUACAUUGCGUGGUGUUGUGUUGCAAACCGUUGACAUUGAAAGUAUCUCGCGAUAAGUGGUGCCGCCGUCGCCGUCGCCGUCGUCGUCACUGUCGUCGCCGCCGUCGUUGUCGUGCGUUUGCCCGAUGCUGAAAUGAAGCAGAAGCGCGUCAUGUAUGGCGACGCGCGGAAACUGUGCGAGAGACAAACGCAAUCGGCCCCGUACGGGCCCUGCCUCACGUCGGACUAAUGAUCAAUGGCUUUAUUCGAGAAGAGAUACACGAAUAAAGUGCUGUUAGAUGAUACGGAGCAGCUGACGAGCGUCAUCGAAAAUGCUAGGACCAUCGACGGACAUACGGAAUACGUAAUCAAAACACAAAGAGGUCCACUUCCCGAAAGAUCUUGGAGAGUAAGCAGACGUUACAAUGACUUCGUACAACUCAAUACAGCUUUAUCCAUAUCUGGCUUCGACCUGCCAUUACCACCAAAAAGAAUUAUUGGUAACAUGGAGCCAGACUUUAUAGCUCAGCGACAAAUAGCACUGCAGAAUUAUUUAAACAUAAUACUAAUGAAUCCUAUACUGGCAUCUUCACUUUCCACAAAGAAGUUUUUAGACCCUGAGAAUUAUACUGCACCAUUACAUGAAAUCGCACUACAACAAGUGUCAUUAGCAUUACGAAGCGAUGCCAAUUUCGAAGUAUGCAAGCCCAUUCCUGAUAUGGGAUGGCGAUUGAGAAAACAUUACUAUACGGUGAAAAAUCGUCAGAACCCGAAACAAGAACUUCUACUAGCUUGGGUCGAGUUUGGCCCUGAUAAGCAUUUACAAGAUAAAGAUAUACAAGGGGUUUUCAAGACUCUAGGCUCUCUACGACAUACUUACAUCGAACCAAUAGUACACCAGCAUGUUACAGACAACGGGGCACUAAUGAUAAGAAAUUUUUAUUCGGUGGGCACAUUACGUGACGUUUUAUGUAUCACCAAGCCUAAACAGCCAUUUAUAAAGAAAUAUGGAAAUCCGAAACAAAUAAAAGCAUUAACAAUACACGAAAUUGCCACGUACGGUUAUCAGAUAUUAGAAGCUCUAGGAUUUCUUCAUGAAAAAGGAUUACCUUACGGACAUUUACACACUGGCAAUGUCCUUUUAACACCAAGAUGCGCUAAAUUAUUGGAUAUAGAAAAUGGACUCCUAGGAUUGCCGGCAUUUUAUCGGCCUUACGUUGUGCAAAGGCGCAAAUUGCACGCCACGACUCAGGUUGAUGUAUAUUCAUUUGGACACGUUUUAUACGAAAUGACGUUCGGACGACCGCUUUUGGAGGCAACGUGCUCCGAUUUACCGCAAUGCGAAGCGAAUUUGAAAAAUUUGCUGGAGGUUAUCUUGUCACCGGAAGCUUUGAAACAAGAUCUACCAACAGUAGUACGGCUGUUGGAACAUCCAUUCUUCGAAUCAGCGAGGCGCGCUGCGUUGGCAAUUGGUGCUGUGGAGAAGCCGUAUUUUAAAUUGAGCAAUCAUUUAAAAGAGGCUUUACAAGAAGCUGUAAACAAAGCUGAACAACGAUUGCGCGAUGAACAGAAAGUUGCUCGACAUCAAAAGAGGCUCGUUAAGGUUCAAGAAAUGAUGAGUUCAGAAGAAGAAAUGAAGAAACGAAAACAUAAACUAAAAAAGGAGCAGAGAUUGGCGCAAGAACAACGUUUUUCCUCGCAACUAGGUACGAACGGAACAAAGCAAAUAAAUGGUAAGAGUCCAGAACGUUCGGACAGUCCCACAAGUACUUCCACGGCUACCAGCGUUGGAACGUUGACUCCUCCAUCGCUUCGUUCUGUGGAAGUUACGCAAACAAACGCAGUUCCUGGUAAAGGUAUUCCACCACCACCACCACCACCUUCGUUACCACCGCCAUGUGAAGCAUCCGGUGGUGCAUCGAAUAGUGCAUCAAAAUCAUCAAAUGAUCGUGCUGCUUUACUUGGAAGUAUUUGCAAUUUUGACAAGACAAGAUUGCGAAGGAUUACAAAUGGACAUCGUUAGAAACAUUAGAUAUAAAAAAGAAAAAGUCAGACAAAUCUAUUUCAAAUCUGGCGUGACUGCUGUGCAAUGUCGAACAAAGAACUUCCCUUGCUUAAUUAGGACAAGAUAACGUACCUGUAGAUUAUUAUGAUGGAUUGAAAGGUUGUUUGGAUGAUAACUAUAUCAUGCUUCUUGUGACACCUAAUAGUACUGAAUAUUAUUUCUCUUCGAUCGCGAUACUUGCACACAUUUUAUGAAUUUUUAAAAUUUCGAUAUCUUAUUUAUUGAUGCUCGCUACAUAAACAAGAGUUUAGCUUAACGUAAUUAUAUUAAGAGUAUACUAUAUUAAAUUUGUGAUAUAUAUAUAUAUGUGUAUAUGAGCGAUGUUAGAUUAUCCCGUUUGGCCUAUUCUAUGUUUUGACGAAAUAUAAUACAACGCUUACUUCGUUUGUAUUAGAUCUGCCGUCCAAAAACGAGCCUAAACGUACAGAACAACCAAUCAAAAUAUCAAUUGCUUUGGAAAAUUUGUCAUUUUUACGAGUCGUUUCGUAUCAUAUUCUUUCCAUAUGUGUACACGCUAGAGAUAGAAAGAUUGUGUGAUUAAAAAAAAUUUGUAUGAUAUAAUAGCAGUAUAUAAUUGUAUAUUAUCUAAUUUACGGAAUAUACGUACAGUAAUCAUGCUGGGAGCAAUUUGAAACAUUUUUAGAUUUAUUUUGAUUGACAUUUUUAUGACUGCUCGACUGUAAAUCAAGAAUAUACAUUCGCGAUAUAAUUAUUCGAGAAAUUCCAUUUUCUAGUCCAACAUAUCUCCCUGUUAUUAUACAGUUGAUAGCACCAUACAAUUUUAUAACAUAUCUUGUUUAACGCGGGCCAAGUUUCGCGAUCGAUUUUAUAUUGUUAA